GCCUUGAAUUUUCUAUUGGAUUUUCUCUGUACUUUGCUCAGAAACCAAACACCCAUCCCUCCUUCAUCAUACUACUGUUUUAGGAGUAUAUACUGUUUGCCUUGUUUCAAGGUUUUAGUUUAAGAAGGAAAAAGCUUCACUUUUGUCAGCAUUGCAUCUUGUUUUCUCCUUUUCUUCUUAGUAGUCGUACUUCUUCAGCAGAGUUCUGAACAUUUUCUAGGAGAGAAGGUUAUUGAGAGAGUUGAAAAUACAAUCAAUGGUAUGGAUCAGGCCAAUGAGGAUUCACCAUAUAGUGGGAACAUGGUGUUGGUUGAAGACAGGCCUUCUGUGGCUGGUGAGGACUUGGAUACUGCAGCAUCUCCACUGUGUUCAAGCACAACAUCUAAUAGUGAUCGCAGGUGGAGUGACACAGGCUCCUAUGCUGCAAGAAAGAAGCUUCAAUCUUGGUUUCAACUCCCACAUGGGAAUUGGGAACUGGCGAAAAUCUUGUCAACUUCAGGAAAUGAGUCUGUUAUUUCACUGCCUGAAGGAAAAGUUCUUAAGGUGAAAUCUGAAACUUUGGUGCCUGCAAAUCCUGAUAUCCUUGAUGGGGUAGAUGAUCUCAUGCAACUUAGUUAUUUAAAUGAGCCAUCAGUCUUGUUUAAUCUGCAACAUAGAUACAACCGAGAUAUGAUUUAUACAAAAGCAGGGCCAGUGUUGGUUGCUAUUAAUCCCUUUAAGGUGGUUCCUUUAUAUGGAAAUGACUACAUUGAAGCAUAUAAGAAUAAAUCCAUUGAGAGCCCACAUGUCUAUGCCAUCACAGACACAGCUAUUCGAGAAAUGAUACGAGAUGAAGUAAAUCAAUCUAUCAUCAUAAGUGGUGAGAGUGGAGCUGGAAAAACUGAGACAGCAAAGAUAGCAAUGCAAUAUUUAGCUGCACUCGGCGGUGGUAGUGGUAUAGAGUAUGAAAUAUUGAAGACCAAUCCAAUCUUAGAAGCAUUUGGCAAUGCAAAGACAUUAAGAAAUGACAACUCCAGUCGCUUUGGAAAGCUGAUUGAAAUUCACUUCAGUGAAAGUGGGAAAAUAUCUGGGGCCAAGAUUCAAACUUUUUUAUUGGAAAAGUCUAGAGUGGUUCAAUGCUCAGAGGGAGAAAGGUCUUAUCAUAUAUUUUAUCAGCUUUGUGCUGGUGCUUCUCAUGUUCUAAGAGAGAAGCUGAAUUUGAAAAGUGUAGAUGAGUAUAAAUACUUGAAGCAGAGUAAUUGCUAUUCAAUUUCUGGAGUUGAUGAUGCUGAACAAUUUCGCAUCGUUAAGGAAGCUCUAGAUAUUGUUCAUGUUAGCAAGGAGGAUCAGGAGAGUGUAUUUGCUAUGCUUGCUGCAGUACUGUGGUUGGGAGAUGUAUCAUUCACUAUGAUUGAUAAUGAAAAUCAUGUUGAAGUGGUUGAAGAUGAAAGUCUAGUCACUGUUGCUAAGUUGAUUGGAUGUAGCACUGGAGAGCUUAAUCUUGCUCUGUCAAGGCGCAAAAUGAGAGUUGGUAAUGAUAAUAUUGUGCAAAAGCUAACACAUUCUCAGGCCAUUGAGACAAGAGAUGCUUUGGCAAAAUCAAUUUAUGCUUGUUUGUUUGAGUGGCUGGUUGAACAAAUUAACAAAUCGUUAGCAGUUGGCAAGCGGCGAACGGGCAGAUCCAUCAGCAUUCUUGAUAUUUAUGGCUUUGAAUCAUUUCAUAGAAAUAGUUUUGAGCAGUUCUGCAUAAAUUAUGCGAAUGAGAGAUUGCAGCAGCACUUUAAUCGUCAUUUAUUCAAGUUGGAGCAGGAGGAAUACAUCCAAGAUGGCAUUGAUUGGGCAAAAGUUGAUUUUGAUGACAACCAAGAUUGUCUUAAUCUUUUUGAAAAGAAACCACUGGGUUUAUUGUCUUUGUUAGAUGAGGAGUCCACUUUCCCCAAUGGCACCGAUUUGACAUUUGCCAACAAGCUUAAGCAGCAUUUAAAUUCUAAACCUUGUUUCAAAGGAGAUAGAGGGAAAGCCUUCUCAGUCUCUCAUUUUGCAGGAGAGGUUACAUAUGACACGACUGGAUUUUUAGAAAAAAACAGAGACUUGCUACAUUUGGAUUCCAUUCAGCUUCUUUCUUCAUGCUUAUGCCACCUUCCUCAAAUAUUUGCGGCAAAUAUGCUUGUUCAAUCUGAAAAACCAGUAGUUGGCCCUUUACAUAAAGCCGGUGGAGCAGAUUCCCAAAAGCUAAGUGUUGCCACAAAGUUUAAGAGUCAACUCUUCCAAUUAAUGCAACGCUUAGAAAACACCACUCCACAUUUCAUACGUUGUAUAAAGCCCAACAAUCUUCAAUCUCCUCGGUUAUACGAGCAAGAACUUGUAUUGCAGCAGCUGAGAUGUUGUGGAGUUCUAGAGGUUGUUCGAAUAUCACGGUCGGGCUUUCCUACAAGAAUGUCUCAUCAGAAGUUUGCCAAAAGGUAUGGUUUUCUUCUGUUGGAUAAUGUUGCAUCACAGGAUCCACUUAGUGUUUCAGUUGCAAUUCUUCAUCAGUUCAACAUUUUGCCAGAGAUGUAUCAAGUUGGUUAUACAAAAUUGUUUUUCCGUACUGGACAGAUUGGGGUUCUUGAGGAUACAAGGAACCGAACCCUCCAUGGUAUUUUAUGUGUCCAAAGCUGCUUUAGAGGUCACCAGGCUCGCUGUUACCUUAAGGAGCUUAGAAGUGGAAUUGCUACUCUCCAGUCAUUUAUUCGAGGAGAAAAAAUGAGGAAGGAAUAUGCUGUGUUGCUAGAAAGACAUAGAGCAGCUGUUAUCAUACAAAGACAGAUUAAAGCAAGUAUUGCAUGCAAAACGUUCAAGAACAUUAAUGAUGCAUCAAUUGUGAUACAGUCAGUUAUUCGUGGCUGGUUGGUCAGGAGAUGCUCUGGGGAUAUAGGACUAAUUAAAUCUGGUGGCACUAAGGCAAAUGAAUCAGGUGAGGUGCUGGUGAAAUCAUCAUUUCUUGCAGAGUUACAACGCCGAGUUCUUAAAGCCGAAGCUGCUCUGAGGGAGAAAGAAGAGGAAAAUGACAUCCUCCACCAACGGCUCCAACAAUAUGAGAGCCGUUGGUCUGAAUAUGAGCUGAAAAUGAAGUCCAUGGAAGAAGUGUGGCAAAAGCAAAUGAGGUCGCUCCAAUCAAGUCUCUCAAUUGCAAAGAAGAGCCUAGCUGUUGAUGAUUCUGAGAGAAAUUCUGAUGCUUCAGUUAACACCAGUGAGGACAGAGAGUAUAAUUGGGAUACUGGGAGUAACCAGAAGGGUCCAGAAAGCAACGGUGUGAGACCAAUGAGUGCGGGCUUGAGCGUUAUAAGCCGGCUGGCUGAGGAAUUCGAACAGAGGAGUCAAGUAUUUGGUGAUGAUGCCAAGUUCUUGGUGGAAGUAAAAUCAGGUCAGGUUGAAGCAAGCCUGAAUCCAGAUCGUGAGCUUAAAAGGUUGAAGCAGAUGUUUGAAGCUUGGAAGAAGGAUUACAGCACAAGAUUAAGAGAAACAAAAGUGAUCUUAAACAAGCUUGGAAAUGAAGAAGGUGCACUCGACAGGGUGAAAAAGAAGUGGUGGGGAAGAAGGAACAGCUCAAGGUAUAUAUAAUUAGAUUAUAUAUAUUCUUUGUAGUAGUGAUAUUGUUGCAAUUUGGAACAGCUAGCUCCAAUCUAUCUAUUACCAGGAAUGUGUGUAGAGAAAAAUUACGAGUUCUUGUUACGACCAGUUCCUCUAUUGCUGUUUUCCUUUCCAGGGCUUGAGAAUACAAUACAUAGCAAAAAUUGAAAAUUUGAAUAUAUUAUUAAAAGACACUGUAUCUGCAAAAUUUGAGUUAACUUUGGCUGUAGAAAAGGCUGCGUAUUUGGUAUGAAUUAUGAGGGCUAUUGUCAUUUAUGUUAUUAUGAAAUGCGGAGUUGUGUUGGCCCCAAAACAAACGAAGGAUAUGGAAUUGUGGAUACUUUGAAAUGAGAUGUACUCCGUUUUCUGCUACGUCUUCUUCAUUUUUCCUGGAGUUAUGUUCUGUGGUAUAUUUUGUCAACUAUGUUUUAUUUAGUUGUUUUACUAAUUAAAUGGUGGUAUUUUUC